GUCCGUGAGGAUGAAAAAAUUAGUGCGCCUGCUGGAAUUCAUUUUCGCUCUCUCUCCCGAAAAAAUUAGGGCUCCGCCCCUCCUAAGUCUCCAGACGUAUUGAACAGUGAAGAGUAUUGUCAAUUGUUCCGUCUUCCACCACAGGAAAUGAGUCAUGUUCCACCUUUAAGAUAUAUAUUUUGGUGUCAACUUUAUGGUUUGUUAGUUGGUUUGCUGAUUAUCAUGGCAUAUAUAAAAAUUGCCCAUGCUAUAUCAUCUCGCGUUAAUGAGUAUGAAAGACGAUUAUCUGAAAGAGAGUCACAACAAUUAUCGGGAGAUCAUGCUGCCUCUAGUGUGCAAUAUGAAAAUAGUAUUUUCUAUGAUGUUGUUAGUGGUGUGAACAAUAAAGGAAGAAUAUUUGGUUUAGGUUCAGAGGCUGGGAAGUAUGAACCUUCUUCUUCUACAUUCUUAGAUGGUAUCUCAAAUCUUGAGUAUGAACAAAUGAAAAAUCUUGUUUCAAAUUUGUCUGAAGAAAACAAAACAUUGAAAGAACAAUUGCAAAGCCAUGCAGAUUUGAUUCGUGCUUCACAGGAAGAGUCUCGAUUGGUUCGUGAGCAACUGAAGCAAUUUAUGGAGAUGUUUUCUCAAUCUUCUCAUCCUCCCCAACCUACUCCUACACAUGAUGUUGAUACUAUACAAUCUGAUGAUAAUGAGUUAGAUGAUGAUCAUGAUAGAUGUUUAGGGAUGCAUAAUCUUUUACUAUUAUUAAUAUCUACUAUGUUUUAAUCUUAUACUUUGUUAUGUUUAAGUUUUACUAUAGUACUUAUCAUACAUUAGGGAUCAACUAAAGUCCUAAACUUUGUUAUAUUUGGUUUUAUUUGUAUCUAUGGAAUGCUUGACUUUCUUA